AUGAGUUAGAAAUGGAAAUUAAUCCCAUAAUACAUAUAAGAAUUAUAAGAAUAGAAUGAUGAAAAUUCUAUGGCAGUUUUAAAAAAACUAGGCAAAUUAACAAAUUUAAAAGAAGUACUCCUCAAUAUUUAAUCAAUAGUGUGUUGAUAGAGAUGAGAGUGAGUUAAAAAAACAAUAUAUUCUAUUGAUGAGAGAGAGAAAUGAAUAUUUCAAGAAGUUAAAAGCCAUUCAAUUAAUAAAUGAGCAAAACCCUAACUCUUAGUUGGCCUAAUCAAUAUAGUUGUUAUUUGAUACAAUUAAUAAGUAACAAUGA